CACUCUGACACCCUAGGUAGAGUGCCGUGGUGUCAUAGUUCACAGCAACCUCAAACUCUUGGAAUAAAGUGAUCCUCUUGCCUCAGCCUUCCAAGUAGCUGGGACUACAGGUGCCCUCCACAAAACCCAGGUAUUUUUUAGAGAUGGGGUCUUGCUCUGGUUCAGGCUGGUCUCAAACUCUGGAGCUCAGGCAAUCCACCUGCCUUGGCCUCUCAGAGUGCUAGGAUUAUAGGCAUGGACCACCACUGGACCAGGCUAAAUUUUUAAUCUUAAUGUGAUCAGAUGUAUAAAGUAUUUUUUUAUAUCUAUAUAUCUAGAUAUGUAGAUAGAUGUAUAGAGAGACAGAGUCUCACUUUAUCACCCUCGGUAGAGUGCUGUGGUGUCACAGCUCACAGCAAUCUCCAACUCCUGGGCUUAGGCGAUUCUCUUACCUCAGUCUCCCGAGUAGCUGGGACUGCAGGCGCCUGCCACAAUGCCUGGCUGGCUAUUUUUUUUCUUGCAGUUUGGCCGGGGCCAGGCUUGAACCUGCCACCCUCAGUAUAUGGGGCUGGCACCCUACCCACUGAGCCACAGGCACCGCCCAGUAUCAAGUAUUCUUUUAGGGUUAAUGCUUUUUGUGUAGUUUUUAAGAAACUCUUCCCUAGGGUGGCACCCAUAGCUCAGUGGGUAGAGUGCCAGCCACAUACACCGAGGCUGGCAGGUUUGAACCCAGCCCUGGCCUGCUAAACAAUGACAACUGCAACAAAAAAAUAGUUGGGCAUUGUGGCAGGCACCUGUAGUCCCAGCUACUUGCUAGUCUGAGGCAGGAGAAUGGCUUGGGCCCUAGAGUUUGAGGUUGCUGUGAGCUGUGAUGGCAUAGCACUCAACUGGGGGUAACAAAGUGAGACUGUCUCAAAAAAAAAAAUAAUGAAACCCUUCCCUUACCCAAGCUCCUAAAAAUUUUCUCCUAUGUUCUCUUAUAAAUCCUUUAUAAAUUUUAUCUUUCAAACUUAGGUCUUUAAUCUACCUGGAAAUGCUUUUGCAAAUGGUGUGAGAAAGGGGUCAAAUUUAAUUUUUCUCCACAAAUAUUUCCAUUUGUUCCACAUGUUUCCCAUUCCUUUGAUAUGACAACCUUGUUAUAAAUCAGGUGUUCAUAUAUGUGAAUGAGUUUGUUGGAGUACAAAAUUCUAAACCCAGACUCCUGACUACGACAUGAUACUGGCUUUCUCUGUGAAAGAAAACAUGAUGCAAUAAGUUUUAGGUUCAGCAAGGGCAGAAUCUCAACCCCCAUCUUCAAAAACACUCAUUAGCUGGGUGAAGUUGGUGUGUUCUUUUACCUCUGAGCCUAUGUCUUUCUUAUAUGGUUGUUGGAAAUUUUAAGACUGAGAGAUUCAAAGGGAAAGGAGUACAGGACCAUGGCCACCCGUGAGCACACCUUCAUUGCCAUCAAGCCCGAUGGGGUCCAGUGGGGUCUUGUAGGAGAGAUCAUCAAACGUUUUGAGCAGAAGGGAUUCUACCUUGUUGGUCUGAAAUUUAUGCAGGCUUCUGAAGAGCUUCUCAGGGAACACUACAUUGACUUGAAGGACAGUCCGUUCUUUGCUGGCCUGGUGAAAUACAUGCGCUCAGGGCCCGUGGUUGCCAUGGUCUGGGAGGGGCUGAAUGUGGUGAAGACAGGCAGAGUCACGCUCGGAGAGACCAACCCUGCAGACUCCAAGCCUGGAACCAUCCUUGGGGACUUUUGCAUCCAAGUUGGCAGGAAUGUUAUUCAUGGCAGCGAUUCUGUGGAGAGUGCAGAGAAGGAGAUCCGUUUAUGGUUUCGCCCCGAGGAACUGGUGGAUUACAAGAGCUGCACUAAGGACUGGAUCUAUGAAUGACAGGAGGGCGUACCACAAUGCUUCUUUCAUCCAUGUCCCCUCAUUCCCAUGGACACAGGACUAGGCUGUCGCAAACCCAGUAUUUACCCAGUUAUUUAUGGACACUUCCUUAUAAUUUGGAAGGAAAUUAUUAGAGCUGUGAGUGCUCCAGGUACAGUGUUAUGUGGUACUAUCAGAUUAAAAUGUUUCAUCAUCCCAAUGUAC